AUGUCAUUACCACAACUGGUUUCAAAUUGGUUAUAUAAUGUAAUUCAACCUUUAUAUAUUCAUAAACAAAUAGUAUAUACUCAUAUAUAUCAAUUUUUACAAUUACAUUUUAAAAAAAAAUUAAAUUUUAAAAUUAGAACUCAAAUUCAUACAUUUAUUGAAUCAGGACAAUCUCAAUUAUUAAUUAACCUAUUUGGUAUUAUAUAUAUUGAUCAAAUUGGAGUUCCUGUUGAAAUUUGGAUUCCAUUGGGCUAUCCAUUUGAUGAUGUUCCUAUAGUUUAUAUAAAACCAGACCAUGCAAAAAAUUGGUAUUUAAUACCAACUAAUCAUGUAGAUAUGCAAGGAAUAUUUUAUCAUCCUUAUUUAACUAAAUGGUAUAAAGAAAAUGGUGAUUUUAAUUUAAUUGAAUUAAUAAAUGUAAUUCAUAGAAGUAUAUUGAAUGAAUGUCCAAUUACAUUAGGUCCACCAGUACCUAAAACUUGUGGUCCUGCCUUGCCUCCAAAACCAAUUAAAUCACCACCGACAUCUACUAUCCCAUUGAAAUAUCAACAACCAUUACCUAUUCCAACUAUAAGUCCAUAUCCAAAAGAAAUUUCAACUUCUCCAAUACUACCAAAGCCAAAUACACAAGUUGCAAAUAUAAAAGAACAUAAACCAGAGUAUAAACCACCAGAUAUAAUGGAUUCUGAAAUUGAAAAUCAUCCAAAUCCGCAAAGAAAAGAAUUAUUAAUUCAAUUAUCUAAUAAAAUUAAUGAAAUAUUAUCACAAGACCAAAUUAAUCAAGAUAUAAAUUUCACCAAUGAAAAUAUUAAAAAAGUGGACGCUUUAUAUAAUCAAUUAAAUCAUCAUUGUCAACAAGCAGCUGCAAAUUCUGAAAAUUUAGAAACUCAUAUAAAUUAUUUAUCAACUCAAUUGACUAAUUUGACCAAUUUAAAUCAGGAACUAACUAAACUAGACAGAAUUAAUCAGGAUUCUGAUGAGAUACAUAUCAAUCAAACAUGUUCAUUAUCACUUGAUGAUAUAAUUAUCCCUGAUUCACCAUUAGUUAAACAAUUAUAUGAAGUUGUAUGUGAAAUUAAACUGAUUAAAGAUACAAUUGAAUUAAUUAAUCAAAAUGUAAAUGAUAAAAAUCUUGAAUAUUGUGUUAAAUCAAUUAGAAAUCUAGGAAGGCAGUUAUUUUGGUUGGAAUUAACUAAAAAUGAAAUAGCAUAUAUAAUGAAUUUACAAGUGUAA